AUGGAAGAUAGUUGGAAAAUUUUUCAACAGAAAUUAGAAAUAUUUCUGUUGGCAUCGGGGAAUGACAGUAAAUCUGGUAAGAUAAAAACAGCUAUUCUUCUAAGUCUUAUAGGUGAUAGAGGUCUAAGAUUAUAUAACACAUUUGUAUAUGAUGCAUCAAAAAAUGAAAAUAAAGAUGAUUUUGAACUAAUAUUAUCUAAGUUUGAAGAACACUUUACUCCUCAAAAAAAUAUCACAUAUGAGAGAUACAAAUUUUUCUCUAGAAAUCAGAAGCCAGAUGAAACAUAUGAAGAUUAUAUUGCGUGUUUACGUGAUUUGAGUAUGACCUGUGAAUUUGGCGCGUUAGCCGAAAGUCUUAUAAAGGAUCGUUUGGUAUGUGGAAUAUCAGACAUUACAGUAAAGGAUAGAUUAUUACGAACUAGGGAUUUAUCAUUGAUAAAAGCUGAAGAAAUUUGUCGGGCAUCACAGGAAACGAAAAUGCAGAUUCAACAACUUUGUGCUAACACAGCAGAUUGUAAUGGUGGUGAAUCCAGUGGAAUACUAAAAUUAAAUCGAAACAUACGUGAUAAAGUUGACAUUGACAGAAAAUAUGAAUCUUCUCGAUAUCAGAUAAAAAAUAGUAAUUUGAAAGUUAAAACUUUUUUAUGUAAACGAUGUGGAUAUGAACAUAUACCUCAACAAUGUCCAGCAUUCAACAAAAGAUGUUUGAAAUGUCAGAGAUAUAAUCAUUUUGCUAGACAGUGUCAAGUAAAAACUGUUGAAGUUGAUGAAUCCGAACAUGAAAUUGAAACUAUUCGUUUGGGCGCAGUUUUCAUACAUUCACUCAAUGGUAACAAAGACUGGGUAAUAACAGUUGGAGCAUAUAAUCAAGGUAAUUUAAAAGAAUUGAAGCUAAAAGUGGACACUGGUGCACAAGCAAAUGUACUAAGGGCAGAUAAUUUACCUGAAUUAGGUGGUGACAUACAUAAUUUACUAAUUACUAAUUCCAAGUUGACGACUUAUACGGGAACUCCGAUCAACUGUUUAGGUAAGACUGUUCUGGACUGUAAAUAUAAUGGUAAUGUUCAUAAAUUAGAGUUCUUUAUAGUAGAUUGUGAACGUGCGUGCAAUAUUAUUGGAUUGCAAUCUUCUGCACAAUUGAAAAUAAUAAAUCCUGAAUACAGUAUGGGUCAGGUAUCAUGUGAGCAAGUUGUUAUGACAGAUUAUAAAGAAUUGUUUGUCGGUUUGGGAUGUAUGAAAGAAGAGUAUGACAUUAAAUUGAAAGAAAAUGUGAGUCCUGUAGUUCAUGCAAGUAGACGUGUACCCCUAGCUAUACAACCUCGUCUUAAGAAGAAGUUAGAGGAGUUAGAGCGAAUAGGUGUUAUUUCUAAAGUUCAAAAUCCUACUGAAUGGGUUAACUCUUUAGUAAUUGUGUAUAAACCUAAUGGCGAUUUGAGACUAUGUAUAGAUCCUAAAGAUUUAAAUGAAGCUAUUCAAAGGCAACAUUUUGAACUCCCGACUUUUGAUGAAAUAUCUAGCAAAUUAUCUGGAGCUAAUAUUUUUAGUACGCUUGACAUUAAAAAUGGAUUUUGGAAUAUUAAAUUAACACAAGCCAGUUCAGAUCUUUGUUGUUUUAAUACGCCAUUUGGCAGAUAUAAAUUUCUUAGAAUGCCCUUUGGUAUUUGUAGUGCUCCAGAAAUUUAUCAACAUCGUAUGCGUCAGAUGCUAGAAGGAUUAGAAGGGGUUGAGGUAUAUAUUGAUGACAUAUUAAUUUGGGGUAAAGAUGAAAGUGAGCAUGAAAAAAGACUAAGGAAAGUAUUUGAAAGAUUACAAGAAGGUAAUGUAAAGUUAAAUAAAGAAAAAUGUAAAAUAGGUGUAUCAGAAUUGAAAUAUUUAGGUCAUAUAAUAAGUCAAGAAGGAAUACAACUAGGAAAAGAUAGAAUUCAAUCAAUUUUAGACAUGAAAAGUCCUAAAAAUCGUAAAGAGUUGGAACGAUUUCUAGGAGUAGUUAACUAUAUUUCCAAAUUUGUGCCUAAUUUUGCAAUAGAAAAUGCUCCUCUUAGAAAUCUUCUUAAAAAAGAUGUUGAGUUUGAUUGGAAUGAAAGUCAUGAGGAAAGUUUUAAUAGAAUAAAGAGUUUAUUAGUAAAAAAGCCAGUGCUACAAUUUUUCAAUGAAAAGUUACCUAUUCUUUUGUCCGUUGAUUCUUCAAAAUAUGGAUUAGGUGCUGUUUUACUACAGAAUAAUCUUCCAGUAGCGUAUGCCUCAAAAGCGUUAAAUGAGUGCCAAAAUAAUUAUGCUCAAAUUGAGAAGGAGCUUUUGGCUAUUUUAUUUGGUUGUGAGAAGUUUAAUCAAUUUAUCUAUGGUCGAAAAAUUACGAUUGAAACUGACCACUCUCCUUUAGUUUCACUAGUUAAAAAACCAUUGAAUACUGCUUCUCCUAGAAUACAGAGAAUGUUAAUUAAACUUCAAAAAUAUCAAUUUGAUUUGGUUUACAAAAGAGGUAGAGAAUUAUAUUUGGCUGAUACAUUAUCUAGAUCGUUUAAUGAAAAGUGUAACUCUGAAAUUGAUUUAGAAACUGAGGAAAUUGAGGCUAAAAUUGAUAUUUUACUUUGUGUAGUUAAUAUUUCUGAUAGACAAUUAGGUAAUAUUCGUGAAUUAACUGCACAAGAUAAUGAAUUAAAAACUGUAAAAGGAUUUAUUAAAAAUGGUUGGCCUUGUCAUAGAGCCCAAGUACCUGAUAUUGUUAAAUCAUACUGGAAUGUGCGAAAUGAGUUAAUAAUUAAAUCUGGUAUUAUUUUAAAGAAUACAUGUUUAGUAAUUCCUCAUAAAUUAAGACAUGAAAUGCUAUCUAGAAUACAUUAUCCACAUUUAGGUAUAACGAAGUCAUUGUUACGUGCUCAAGAAGUCAUGUAUUGGCCUGUAAUAACAAUAAAAAAAGAGCCUUUAGUUUCUCAUAGUGUGCCAGAUAGCCCCUGGCAAAAGGUAGCAGUUGACAUAUUUGAGCUUGGUGGAAACAGUUAUUUAUUAGCUGUCGAUUAUUAUUCAAAGUAUCCUGAACUAUGUUAUUUGGAAUCAACUACAAGUACUUCGGUUAUUAUUAAUCUUAAACGAAUAUUUAGUAGGAAUGGAAUACCGGAGACAUUAAUAAGUGAUGGAGGUCCACAGUUUUCUUCAACACAAUUUAAAGAGUUUUCUAUAAAAUGGGAAUUUGAUCAUAUUUUUAGUAGUCCUGAGCAUGCACAAUCUAAUGGGAUGGUAGAGCGCACGAUUCAGUCCGUUAAACGUUUAUUAUGUAAAUCUUUACAUGAGAAUAAGGAUCCAUUCUUAGCAAUGUUGGAAUUUAGAAACACUCCUAUAGCUCAUAAUAUUCCAUCGCCAGCAGAAAAUUUAUUUAAUAGAAAACUUAGAGGAAUAUUACCAAGUAAUUCUGAACGAUUCAAACCUAAAGUUAGUAUUAAACCAAAAUUGAUAGAAAGAACGAUGAUGAGUGAGAGAAAUUAUAACAGAAAUAAGGUGAAUUUAAAAAUGUUGCAACCUGGGGAUGUUGUGUUGUUUAAAGUUAGGAAUGAAUGGAGAAAGGGUGUAAUUAAGAGUCAGAGAAAUGCUAGAUCGUAUUUUAUAGAAUCUGAUAAUAGAGUAUUUUUGAGGAAUAGGUUUUUUAUAAAGAUAUUACCUUCUGUACCAUACUAUAUCCCGGAUGAGGAAGAUAAUAAAGUUACUGUAACUACUACAACGGGAAAAGAAAUAAUUGUUAAUAGUGACACUGCUACUGAUAGUGCGUCUCAAUCUGCUAGAGUACAAACACAUUCUGAUUUCCCAUAUAUUACUCGUUCUGGUCGAAUAAUACAUCGUCCUCAAAGAUAUGAUUAUUAG